GGGGGCAAGAGACGUCAGAAUCGGGCCUCGAAGGUGCUGGCGAGUCGAAAGCGGCCGGCGGUGGCGGUGGGUUCCCGGGCAGGUGAUUGGCGGAGUGCGCGCGCACCGGUGUCAAGUCCGUCUCCCCUCCCAGCAGGUGACCAGCUGUGGCUAUGGCAACUAGCCUGGAUGCAGACAUUGUCCGUGAAGUACUGGAAUGUCCCAUCUGUAUGGAGACCUUCAACCAAACUGUAAUAAGGCCCAAACUCCUGCAGUGUGGACACACCAUCUGCAAACAGUGUUUGGAAAAGCUCAUAGCAGACAGUAUAAACGGAGUACGCUGUCCCUUUUGCAGCAAAAUAACCAGGAUGAACAAUCUGUCACAAUUGUCGGACAAUCUUACAGUUUUAAAAAUCAUUGACUCGGCCUCUCUGAGUGAAGCAAUGUGUACGGUCAUGUGCAAAGUUUGCCGGAAGAGGCUGCCUCGAAACUUCUGUGAGAACUGCUGCCUGGUCCUUUGUGAGGCCUGCAAGACUGAUUGUCAUCAAGUGCAAGGACACACCGUUGUUACAAUUCGCGCUGCAGCUGAACAGCGGCGGAAGGAAGUUGGGAUUAAGCUUGCCAAGCUACGGGAAAUGAUGGUGGACAUGCAGCGCAAGAAGACAGCUGUGGACAGUGUAGCAAAAAACAUGCAGACAAGAUACAAAGCAAUCCAUCAAGAUUACUGUCGGGCCGAGCGGAGAAUCCAGGAGGAGCUGGCCAAAUCCCGCAGGGUUUUCACGUUGGCAGUGUCGGAAGUUGAAAAGAUGAACAAUCAGAUACUGGAAGAGCAUGCUUACCUGAUCAAUAUUGCAGAGGUGCAGAUUGUGUCACGGUGUGAUUACCUCAGCACCAAAAUCAAACAGGCAGACACAGCUCUUCUUGAAGAAGCCAUUGACGAGGAAGACCCUGACUUGACCAACAACUUGCCUACCCAUUUAACACUUCAACAGAUAGAACUGGUUAAAGGAGAGCACCUGGAGCCAACUGAGGUUGGACAGCUCGAGACCAGGCCCUAUACUGUUCCCAUUGAAGAGACACUUAUGGAGACGUUUACUGCCACUGAGUUAACACAGGAGGCAGACUCAUCCAAAGAAACAGCCAGCUUCCUCCUACCAUCAUCUCCUCCAAAAAGCAGGGUACCUGAAAGCAUGGCCUCUGGGCCCCCUAACUGUCAACUGUUGAAGAAAAUUGGUUCCCAUGGGAACUUGCCUGGGAUGUUUCAUCUCCCAGUGAGCCUGUGCGUGACAGUACAAGGGGAAGUGCUAGUGGCAGAUCGGGGAAAUUUCCGCAUCCAGCUCUUCAAUCGGAAAGGUUUCAUGAAGGAGAUUAGAAGAAGCCCAAAUAGUAUUGACAAUUUUGUUCUCAGUUUCCUUGGUGCUGAGCUCCCAAACCUGAUACCGCUUUCUGUGGCAGUCAACAGUAUUGGUUUAAUUGGUGUCACUGACAACUACGACAACUCUGUUAAGGUUUACACCACUACAGGGCAAUGUGUUGCAUGUCACAAGAACCAGCUGACAAAGCCCUGGGGCAUCGCAGCAAUGCCUUCUGGACAGUUUGUGGUGACAGACGUAGAAGGUGGGAAGCUGUGGUGUCUAACUGUGGACCGUAAUGUCGGCGUUGUAAACUAUUCCCGGCUGUGCAGUGCAGUGAGGCCCAAGUUUGUGACUUGUGAUGUCAAUGGCAGUGUCUAUUUCACUCAAGGCCUGGGCCUGAACCUGGAGAACAGUCAGAAUGAGCAUCACCUGGAAGGUGGCUUCUCCAUUGGCUCUGUCAGUCCAGAAGGACAGCUCAGUCGUCAGUACAGCCACUUCUUUGCUGAGAAUGAAGACUUCCGGUGCAUCGCAGGGAUGUGCGUCGACACCACUGGGAACCUGAUUGUUGCGGACAGUGGGCGCAAGGAAAUCCUUCUCUUUCCCAAAGAGGGUGGAUUUGUCAGUCUGAUACGAGAAGGAUUAGUGUGCCCAGUAGGGGUAGCUGUCUCACCCAAGGGUCAGCUUCUGGUGUUGGACUGCUGGGAUCACUGCAUUAAAAUCUACAACUAUCACUCAAGGAGGCAUGUAACAAAUUGAUUUUUAAAUAACGUGACAGGACAAACCUGCAUCGUUCUCCACUUUUUUUUUUGCCUGGGGACAAUAAGCAAGCCCUGCAUCCUUCCCACCAGCACAACAAUCAGCUUUAUUUAGUCUCCAUCCCUGUGAAAUGUUGCAAAUUUCACUUUGUGGGUAAAAUCAGUAAUUAACGUCAAACUCCUAAUUUAACUGUACUGCAUGUUGCAAAGCUUAGUUAAAUAGACCACUGUGGUUGGUGUUGUAUGGCUGCACAUGGUUGGAUCAUUUGGUUUGCAGUCUGGUACUUUUGUGAAGUUACCUUACUUUAUAAUGAGUACCACGUUUAAUAAAAGUGUUUCAGAAAAUAAAACUUGGAUUUUAUGCAACCUAAUAGACCUUUUUUUCUAAAAUAUCAAGAAUAUACACUCUAAUCUCUCCAGCCUGGAAAGCUUGGGCCCAAGUCAUUUCUGGAUUUUGGAAUUUUCUGGAUUGUGAAAUGUUGUUGGAAUGCCUAACCACAAGUGUGUGAACUGGAAAACAAUGUAGAUAUAAAUAUUUACCUGAAAUGUAAAACUGUGAUAAAACAUUAUCAAGCAGUAAUAAAAAUGGUUUUACUUCCCAAAA